AUGGACAAGUGCGGCAACGCCGGCUGCACAAAGUCGUCCCCCUCUUCCCUAGACACUGAUUCCCUCCAGCGGUGCUCUAGAUGCCGAACGGCGGCAUACUGCUCGCGCGACUGUCAGUCGGCGGCCUGGCCAUCUCACAAGGAGGCCUGUUUUCGACCUAACUACAUCAUCAAGUUUCACCUGGGCCCGGAGCACAUUACAAACCCGCCGGUAACGCGCACCUUGUCAUGCCCAGCGCACGCCGUCUUCUACAUGCUUCACCUGGCGCUGCAAACAGCGUUUGGGUGGGCGACCACCCAUUCGUUCGACUUCGCAGUCCUGGAUCCAGAUUACCGUGAGCCCGCCGACGUGAAUGAAUUCAUGAGAAGACGCAUGGCCAUAGGUCCGUCAGGCGAUCAACUUUCGGCUUCCGAGCCGAGGGAGUAUCUCUUCCGCGUUGUCGACCCGGUCGAACAGACCAUGUUUUCCGGCAUCGAUCGCAUGCACGAGUCGACGAGGCGUCACCCCAACACACCAGAGAAGAAAGCCGACAAGUACAAGUUGUUCCAGCUAUUGGACGAUGCACAGCUUCAAAAUCGCCAGAUUGUCUACACCUACGACUUCGGUGACAACUGGGAGCAUUAUUUUACAGUCCUGGGACGUGCCGAUUCCACCGCCAACUUUAUCUGCCUUGAUGGCUCCGGACACUACGUAGCGGAAGACUCACGCGGUGUAAAUGGCUGGGAGGAUCUCAAAGCGGCAUACCGAGCCCAGAACCCAACCAAGGAGCAGAGGGAGCGGCGGCAGUGGUUCGAGAGGCAGGCCAGUAAUCCUGAUCCAAGAGGGCUGGCAGGGGAUCGCGUGAAUGCAUGGGAUCGAGACAAGAUCAACCGGGACCUCGAGACGGACACCAUGUUCAACCGCUUUCAAGACAAUGCCUCCAUGGCGAAGAUGUUCGAACGAUUCAUGCAGUCGAGCAUGGCUCCUCUUGAAGCAUCGAGCAAGUAG